AGCUUAGUCAGAGACGGAAUAUGAAAAUUCCAUACUCACAUCUUUUAGAAAUGAUACGGUAGUUUCUUCCUUUUUUUUUUCCCUUAAUUCUCUUUCUUUUUUUCCCAUUUGAAUAGUUCUUCUUCAUGGUUGCCACUCGUACUUCUCAAACACCUACAAAUGAUAAUAAUACAUCACAUGAUUUAUCUUCGUCAGAUCAACCUGAAUCUUCUUCCACCACCACCACCACCACAACAACAACAACAACUGGACGUUCUCCUUCUACCAGAAAACCAAUUUCUAAAAGACCUAUGACAAAAAAGAAAUCCACCACCAAAGUUUGCAGUAGUAGUGCCAAACGAAUUGCAAAAGAAUUAGCUGAAAUCUCUCUAGAUCCUCCUUCCAACUGCAAUGCUGGACCUAAAGGUGACGACUUGUUUGAAUGGGUAUCUACUAUUGCUGGUCCUGAAGAUUCUCCUUAUGCUGGUGGCAUCUUCUUUUUAGAUGUUCAUUUUCCUCCUGAAUACCCUUUUAAAGCACCUAAGAUUACCUUCAGAACACGGAUUUAUCAUUGCAAUAUCAAUAGUCAAGGGGCGAUUUGUUUGGAUAUCUUGAAAGAUAAUUGGUCACCUGCAUUAACUAUCUCCAAAGUAUUGUUAUCCAUUUGUUCAUUAUUGACUGAUGCGAAUCCACAUGAUCCUUUGGUUGGAUGCAUUGCUCAAGAAUAUCUCCUUGAUCGUGAAAAACAUGAUCGUACUGCAAGAGAAUGGACAAAACGUUACGCAUGUUAAAGAACUUUUUAUCAACACCCAUUCACCUAUAGUUUAGUACAACUUAUUAUUUUUCCCCAUAUUUUUUUUUUUUUUUUU